UCCCAACCUCAGCUACCUCCUCUGGCAUCUUGUUCCAUACACCCACCACCCUUUAUGUGAAAAAGUUACCCCUCAGACUCCCAUUAAAUCUUUUCCCCCUUCACUUUGAACCUAUGUCCUCUGGCCCUCGAUUCCCCUUCUCUGGGCAAGAGACUCUGACUCGAUCUAUUCCUCUGAUGAGAGGAGUGGCUGUAAGCUGUUGCUUCUGCUGUCAGUCAGGCAGACUAGUGUACGGGUCACGCUGUUGAUGCCUUGUCCUCCGUUACCAUGGCGAGCAGCGCCGCCUUCAUCACCGGUCUGCGCUAUUUCACAGCGAUACAGAAAGAAAAAAAAAAUCCGAAUUUCCCAUUCGUCCAAACAAAAUGAAAUUGCCCCGCGUUGGAAUGGUCUUGCCCGCUUCCUCUGAUGCCUGGACUAUUUUUAACACUCGAUUAAAAGACAUGGGAUUGGGAGCUGUGGUGGGGAGAGGCAGCUUGGUCCUGUUGGACAUGUGGAGGGAGAAAGCGCAGAAGCUGGUGUCGACACCAAAGGCUGGAGUAACUGAGCGGGGACAGGCAGCAACCUCUGGGCGAGUGGUCUACCCAGCUCCAUGGGCAUGUUGAGCAUCCCAGCCCGGCACUGGGGCACUGGGAUGGAGCAGAGACUGGAUGGGGCGAGGGAACCAACACUAACAUCUCGCUGCCCUGCUCUCCGCGUCUUGGGAGCGGAAUAAAGACACAGAACCUCCUUGGCAGUGAGUCCGACAACUUGCUCGAGUGGAGCGGCCAGGGUCACGGGGCGGCGAUGGCCAUUGGGACCUGGGCAGAUUGAAGGGAGUCACAAACAUGAGCAUCUCCUUGGUGGGCACCAUCCUCUACAUCCAUGUCGGCUGGCGCUGGGCGGCUUCGGGGACCUCCAGCCCAGCCCCCCCGAGAUGUGGAAUGGAUCUGGGAUCUCCACCAUGGCCAGGUCCCCAGUUGGCGGCGGCGCCUCGGACCGGGACAUCACGGACGCGGCCACUCGCUUCCUCUACACGGGCGAUCCCGCCAGGCUGGAGCUUGUCAACUGCACCAGGCGGGUGGAGAUGAGAGGGGUGAAGGGCCAGGCGGCCUCCAGCCUCCACCCCGUGGUCCACGGCGCCGUAGACACCAUGCUCCACGCCACCAACUUCCUCAACUUGGUCUUCCAGACCAAUGACAUCCGCGAGUCGAGCGUCAGGGAGGACAUGGAGUGGUACCACGCCCUGGUCAGGAGCAUGGUGGAGGCUGACCCCAACAUAUACAGGGCGCUCCUCACUCUGGACGUGCCGGCCACACCUUCCCAAUCCCAGCUGGUUCUCCAGGCCACCAGGAAGAAGGACGCCAUCCUCCUGCAGGACCUGUCCCGCUCCCAACACCUGAAGAACCAAACAGCCGACGGCGACUGGUUCCAGGGACUGAAGUUUCAGAAGGUCCCUCGUCUCAACAAGAGGCUCCUGCACAACGACCUGCAAACACUGGACACCCCGAAAUGGAGCCAAGGCGACAGCUACAUGGUCGAUAAAAGCCACGUCAAGUGGUCGAGCCCUUUCUUGGACUGCGAGGACGAGAAGCUACUCCCCAAGUGGAUGGUCACCAUGUCCACCUCAUUCUACGGACUCAAACCAGAUCUCAGUCCCGAAUUCAAGGGUGUGGUUCGGAUUGACUUCAGCCUCGACAGCUUGGACAUUGACCAGUGCUCCAGUGGUGAUGGGUGGUUUGCUGAUUCACAUCGGUGUGAUGUCAACACCACACAGUGUUCUCCACUCAAAGGACAAGGAUUCCAACUGGGGGCCUAUCAGUGCAUCUGCAAGGAAGGAUACUACAACCCUGACCUCAUCUCCGCCAACAGCAAUGUCCGGCAAGAAGAUGGACACGUUCCCUUCUACAGCCGGCUGGCUGAUGACCAACCCAGGCCCCUGCUCCAGUGCCUGUCCUGCAGCAACGGAUGCAGCUCCUGCAGCAGCAAUGCUCCCUGCUUCACGCACCAGGACCCACACCUGCGACUGGUCAUCCUCUCUGUGCAGGCCCUCUCCAUGUUGCUCGUGUUCCUCAGCAUGCUCCUGGUGUAUCGCUGCAGGAACAACAAGAGAAUCCGAGCAUCAGGUCUGGUGCUGCUGGAGACCAUUCUCGGAGGAUCCAUCCUGUUAUAUUUUCCGGUAUUCAUCCUGUAUUUCCAGCCCAGUGUUUUCCGCUGUGUUCUCCUGCGAUGGGUGCGGAUGCUAGGAUUCGCCAUCAUCUACGGAACCAUAACGCUGAAGAUCUACAGAGUGUUGAAGGUGUUCCUGUCCCGCACGGCCCAGCGCAUCCCCUACAUGACGUGCUGCAGGCUGCUGAAGAUGUUGGCCGUCAUUGCCCUGACCGUGUGCUGGUUCCUCGUCUCCUGGACCCUGGCAGCGUGGGAGAACAUGGGCCGCGAGAUCCCACUGGUCACCCAGUCACAAACUGCGGACGGACAGAGUUUUAUGAUGUGCAAGCUUGACCGAUGGGACUAUAUGAUGGCCACUGCUGAGCUCCUCUUCCUUUGCUGGGGAUGUUACCUCUGCUUCGCAGUGCGAUCGGUUCCCUCCACGUACCACGAGCCACGUUUCUUGGGCCUCGCCAUCCACAAUGAAAUCCUCAUGUCUGCUGCCUUCUACAGCCUCAGGUUCACCAUGGCGACUACUCUUCACCCAGACUGGAUGCUUCUGCUCUUCUUCAUCCAUACUCACCUGACUGUAACGAUGACACUGAUACUGCUCCUCGUCCCAAAGUUCCUCCACAUGGGAGCGCCGCUGCGGGAAGACCUUGUGGCUGAGGUGUACGAGGAUGAGCUGGACCUGCGAUGCUCUGGUUCCUACCUCAACAGCAGCAUCACGUCUGCCUGGAGCGAGCACAGCCUGGAUCCAGAGGACAUUAGGGAUGAGCUGAAGAAACUUUACGCCCAACUAGAAAUCCACAAAACCAAGAAGAUGACGGCCAACAACCCGCACCUUGUGAAGAAGAGAAGUUCCCGGCGUGGCCUCGGCCGCUCCAUCAUUAAACGCAUCGCCGAUAUUCCGGACUCGGUGAGUAGGCAGUGCAGUCGUGUGGAGAGAGGGGGGUCCAUCGGUGCCGUCAGCCACGCCGGCUCCUACAAGAAAAAGUUCAACGAGCCUGCCAGCGCCAGCAUGAAAGUCAAAGAAGAUUCCAUCAAACGCCGCGUGUUCUCCAUCAGGAAGUCCCACAGCACCCACGACCACACGAGGGGCCACUCUGGAAGGACCGACGCCCCCAGUCGGGACUCGUCCCUGCUCGACUCCCUGAUGAGGAAGAAGCUGGCCAAGAAAGCCUCGCAGAGAUCGCACACGGAGUCGGUGGACGCCGCGCCAUUGGUGUGCAAAUCUGCCAGUGCCCAUAAUCUGACGGUGGACAAGCCCCCGGCCCCCAGUCAGCCUGGCCCCCUGCACAAAUCUCACAGCGUCCUCAACUGCACCAGGGACAAGGCGCUGGUGAUCAGCACCGCGGGCGAGGACAGCUCCAGGGAGGUGGGGGAGAAAGGCCAGAGGAAGCCGUCCAUCAGCCUGCAGCUGCCCACUGUCAUCACCCAGCCAGAAGCCCCUUCCACCGCCACCGUCUGCGAGAGACCCCCGCCAGCGGGAGAGGGGACCCCGCGGCAUCUGCACCCUCCCUCCGCCGAGAACAACCCCCACAGACACGGCUCCUGCUCGACACUCAGAAGCGGGGGCGGCGUGGACCGCUCGCUCUCGUCGGGCAAGCUGGACUGCAGGAGAAAGUCGGUGGACGUGGAGAGAAAACAUCACAGUUUCCGUCACUCUGGGACGAGUAGUCUCCAGGGAGGGAAGGGGAGAGACGCGGCGAGAAUCCGCAGCGAAACCAACCUGGCCACAGCCAAUACAUCUCCUCCAGGAGUUGGCGACUCUUCAAAAACAGAAGCUUCGACUGGUCGAGAGGAGAUGUCUCCCGCGACUCAUAAAACCGAGGCGCCGUCUGAAAAAUCGGUGCAAGUGAAAACAGGAGGGGACAAGCGAGAAAAAUACAUGGCACUCGUAAAACAAUCGAGCAACAGUUCCAUCGUUUGCCCGUGGGAUACCACGGAUGAAGACACAACGUCGAUCAACAUCAGCGUGGACCAGAAGGGUCGCUCUCUCUCUGUCUGCAUGGUGGCUCCAGAUUCACUUCUUCCCCACAGCUCGUUCAAAACAAAGGCCACCAAUCUCUCACUGAAACUGCCCAAAGGAUUUGGCCAGUCUUUUAAACAUCUAGUGGCACAGGGGAAGCUGAGGGGUAGCAGACGAGAGAAGUCCACCAAGGCAGGUGACAAGGUGAAGGGUAGUCCCGAGCAGGAGAUGGACCCACCAGAGAGAGAGGACUGGAGUAAAGACGAGAAGUCACAGCCGACAGGUGUAUCUGAGGACGUUUCUUCUGAUGCCUCUCCAUUGGAAGCAGGGCACAGGGAAAGCAAGCGGGAAAGGUACAUGUCCCUCUUGACAAACACUGCCAUCAUUUGUCCAUGGGACGUCGCUUUGAAAGAGACAUUGGCCACGAGUGCGGCUGAAGACCAGAAGAAGGGGCGCUCUUUGUCGGUCGGGGCUGGAGCCCCAGGGUCACUGCUGCAAAGAACCUUCAUCGCAAAAGACCCAGACGGUUCCUUGCAGCAGAACAAACACUUGGCCCGCUCGCUGAAACUUCUCGUGUCACCGGGCAAGCCGGCGCUGACCAGAGAGAACACAGACGGGGAAACACAGGCCAGUGAGAAAUCUAAAGUCGCUGAUAUAUGCCCAUGGGAUGCAGAGGAUGAUCAGAGCAAAGAGGCAUCUCUACCCACUGAUAAAUCCAAAGGUGCUCAGAACUACCUCCGGGGUGCAGCUGGUACAGAGAGCAGACAGGAGAAGAGAUUGUCCGUUGACAAAUCCAGGCUCUCAUAUGGUGAUCUUUCAACAAACGCUGCAAUCGUUUGUCCGUGGGACAUGGUGUUGAGCGGGAUGCAAGCCGUGGAUACGGGCCCGGAGCACAAGAAGGCCCGGUCUUUGUCUGUUUGUGUCGGAGUCCCUGGCUCCCUUCUACAAGGCGCUUUGAACGCAAGAGAUGGAAACGCCAGUUUGCUGCAGCAGAAUAAACGCUUGCCUUCGUCGCUGAAACUUCUCGUGACACCGAGCCAGGUGUGGAACAGAGAGAACAAGGAGGCAGCGUCCACAGAUACAUCUAAAGCGGCUGAUGUCUGCCCCUGGGAUGGAGGAGGUAACAGGAGCGAUGAAGCUGUGGAUAUCUGUCCUUGGGAUUCAGAACAUGUCAAAGCCAAAGACACAUCUUUACCCAUUGCUAAAUCUAAUGUUGCAGAGAUCUGUCCUUGGGACUCAGGAGAUACCAAGAGCAAGGAUGCGUUGUCACCCGCUGAUAAAUCUAAAGCUGCCGUCAUCUGUCCCUGGGAUUCAGAAGAUGCUAAGGACCACGAUACAUCAAUGCCCAUGGACAGAUCUAAAGCUGCAUACGUCUGCCCGUGGGAUGCAGGUGAUUCUGAGAGGAUUGAGGAAGAGUCAGCGUCCUUCGACGAGUCCCAGUUUGAAGAUGUCUGUCCGUGGGAUAGUGUUUCACAGGGGACAUCAGAAAUGAGAGUCAGUGAAGAUGAGAAGAAGGGGCGGUCUCAGUCGGUUUGUGUGGGUGUCCCUGGGUCACUUGUGCAGCGCGCCUCCAAAGCAAGAGGCAUAAGUGAUUCAUUGCCACAGUCUAAGUGGUUGGCGCUGUCGCUGAAACUCAGAACUGGACCUGGGAAAACAAAAGUUAGAGAGGACAAAGGAAAAUCGUUGCUCACAGAUCAAGCCAGCGUUGUGGAUAUCUGUCCAUGGGAUAUGGAGGACUUACAGCUCAAGGAAACAUCUCCAUCGACUGACAAAACUAACGCUGUGGACAUCUGUCCCUGGGAUACAGAAGAUGCUCAGAGUCAUGAGGCCAAAUCAGGGCCCACGGAUAAAUCCAAUCUGUCAGAUGUGUGCCCCUGGGAGGGUGAAGCAUUGACAACCGGGGAAAGUCAAACAGGCACAAAGGCCAACGUUGAUGUUGUCUCACCUUCCCCUCGAAAUGCAGAGGCAGUGACGGCAACUCAAGGCGAAAAUAAAGGCGGCGGGAAACCAAUAGAGGGAGAGAGCGUUGGGGCUUCAUCUGAGACAAGCCCAUGAGUUUGACACAAGUUUGUGGAGAUGCCAAAGUUGAAUACUGACUGUGCAAUGGGUCCGUUUUAUUGAAUGGAAGAUUUUCCCAAGGCAUUGGGAAAAUGAAAUCAUUAAUUGCAAGUUUUCAAGUGUAAAUAUGUAGCGUGCAGCACCAUAAACAGCUUCUUCCCAAAAACACGGACGUGUUAUUCUUGUGGGUAAUAAAAUAUUCAUUUUUUUACUUUCUAUUUCUAAGCUGAAUGAAAGCCAGAGCUAAUGAAACACUUUUAAAUGUAAUGGUCACAGAGGCUUUGAGUCAUAGAGCAUGUAUCACCGUGUCCAUGGUGAUAGAAUGACAGGAACAGGAAGUAUGUUGAGAUUGAAUCCCUAGUGAAAUUACAUUUCCCUGAUUUAACUUAUUAAAAACAUAAUUUCUACUUCAAACGGACAGCAUGUUUCCUCAUUCCUAGUGUGGCUGUGAUUUGGUCUAUAGACUUUAGAGAUACAACAGGGAAACAUGCCCUUCGGCCCACUGACUUCGUGCCAGCCAGCAAUCCCCACACACGAGCACUAUCCUACACACUAGGGACAAUUUACUAUUUACGGAAGCCAAUUAACCUAGAAAAGGCAGACACAAAAUGCUGGAGUAACUCAGCGGGACAGGCAGCAUCUCUGUAGCGAAGGAACGGGUGACGUUUCGGGUCGAGACCCUUCGACCCUUCUCCAGACAUGGUGAGUGUAUGUGUUUAGAUUAUGUGUUUAAUAUGCCCCUUUAAAAACGUAAGCUCACCAUCCACACCCAGCAGUGUUAGUGGGAUAUUGACCCCAAGGUACACAAAAAAGCUGGAGAAACUCAGCGGGUGCCUAUUAUAGGCAAGUUGCCUAUUUCCUUCGCUCCAUAGAUGCUGCUGCACCCGCUGAGUUUCUCCAGCUUUUUUGUGUACCUUCGAUUUUCCAGCAUCUGCAGUUCCUUCUUGAACAAGAUAUUGACCCCUAUUCGCUAGAGCAAUUUCUAAUUUAACACUGAUAGUCUGGAUCUGGAUCUGGACUAUUUUUAACUUUUUUUUUAACCAAGCCAAUUAACCUACAAACCUGUACGUCUUUGGCGUGUGGGAGGAGACCGAAGAUCUCGGAGAGAACCCACGCAGAUCACGGGGUGAAUAGUCGGGAUCAUACCCGGGUCUACGGCGCUGCAGUUUGCUGUAAGGCAGCAACUCUACCGCUGCGCCACCGUGAUCGCCCAUAGACAUCAAUGUGAAAUAAGGCCAAUUUGCCCACCAACCAACAUGCCCCAUCUACACGAGUCCCACCUGCCUGCGUUUGGCCCAUAUCCCUCUAAACCCAUCCAAUUCAUUUGAUUUGAUUCAACUUUAUUGUGAUUGUGCAGAGUACAAGUACUGAGACAACAAAAUGCUUUUUCCCACCCAGCCAAAACAAAUAAAAGCACAGAACACGAUAGUCUAUAACAUAAAAUCCCCACAGCGGUAUCAAAGUUUCCUACUGUGAGGGAAGGCAC